AUGGGGAAAGCGGCCUCGUCCGUCCCUUUCCGAUCGUCCACUCUCUCCUCUCUAUCUGGCAAGAUGUUCUCCUCCGCUAUCCGGGCCAAGAUGGCCACCUCCUUCGCUGCCCGUCGUGGCUUCUCCACCACUCGCACCCAACUCGGUAGCCCCUACCACUACGCCGAGGGUCCUCGUACCAACAUUCCCUUCAACCCUAUGACCAAGCGCUUCUUCUGGAGAUACUGGGCCUUCAUGGUUACCGGAUUCGGUUCUCCCUUCGCCAUUGCUGUUUGGCAAACCUACAAGACCAAAUAG